AUGUGUGUUGCAGUGCUGCUUCUGGGUAUCUUCUUGUACACUCGCUGGAGGAGCUACAAAGGCCUUAAAGAGGGGGUGUACCACGUGUCGGCCCACCACGAUGGAUGGGAGGACAUCAGGGAGAACGUGCUCAACUAUGACGAAGAGGGAGGCGGCGAGGAGGACCAGAACGCCUACGACAUGGCUGAGCUGCAGAAGUCCCUCCAGCCCAGCCCGGCUCAGUCCAUCCAGUACUGCCGCUCCCGGGCCUUGCACCACCCACCCCCUCCGCCCCACCACCACCAUCACCACCACCACCUGCUCCAUCAGACCUCCUGCCCAUCCCCGGCCCCCACUCCUGGCCCUCCUCUGGACGUCCUGAGCCGCACAGCCAGCUCCAGCACCCUGCCGCCUUCCGUGGCCUCCUCCUCUGCUUCCACCACCACCACCUCCGCCAGCCUCCGCCGUGACGUCCCCCCCACUCUGUCCAGACCCCCCGCACAGGGUCAGGCGCUCCCCUCGCAGCUGGCCCGCCGCUCCCUCUCCUUCUCCAGUCAGGACCUGGCGCGGUACCUGUGUGAGAUCAUCCGUGAUGCAGACCAGCACUCGGACACUGGGCCCUUCGACUCCCUACAAGUGUUUUCCACGGAGGGGGGAGGCUCUCCGGCGGGGUCCCUCAGCUCCUUCAGCUCGGCGGGACUGGACGGGACCAGCAGCGGAGCGGAUGGGCCAGGGGAAGUGCGGAGGGAGGAGACGCUAGCCGAUUGGGGGCCCAGGUUCGAGAAGCUGAGAGCGCUGUAUGAACGCGCCGAAGCAAGCGACUUAUGA